AUGUCGGGGAGCGCUAUUUCCACUUAUUCUGGCUGUGCCUUUGCGGCUGCUGCCGGAGUCCUUUGCCUUACUUGGAUCAUUAAGGCAAUGGUGUCAAGCAGAGAACGUCGCCGGAAACUCGAUGAGAAACUCAACAACCAAAGUUAUGUUCUUGAUGACAAACAUGAUAUCAGAACAUCUCCAUUUAUUAAAGAUAGGCCUCUUGUGGAUAAAAUGAUGGGAGAACUUUCAACUCUUCAUGAAGUAUUCCAACAUGGUUUAAGUGUUGCAAGGGACAACCAUUGCCUUGGGUGGCGUCCCGCGCCUGGUGCUCCGUACAAAUGGAUAACAUACGCUGAGACAUACCGCAGAAUUUGUCGCUUGGGGUCCGGCCUUAAAACACUUGAACCUGCUGAUUUGAAGGACAUCUUUUGCAUUGGUAUCUACGCCACAAACUGUGUUGAAUGGGAACUUACUCAACAGGCAUGUUCCACUUUUGGCUUUGUCAUUGUUCCUCUCUAUGACACUCUCGGUGAAAUCGCACGUAAACAUAUUUUGGAGCAAACCGAACUUUCCGUGUGCCUAUGUGAUUCUGCUGUCCGAGUCCGAAAUAUUCUUGGAGAUUCCGCUACAACGGGAAAUCGAGUGAGGCACAUUAUAUUAAUCAAGCCUGGUGACGAAGUUGAUGCCCUGCGUAACGAGGCUGAAGACCACAAGAUCAAAAUUCAUACCUUCGAUGAAGUUCUGGCAUUGGGCACAGAAGAAGCCAAACCAGAAAAACUUCCGGAACCCGAUGAUCUUCAUCUUAUCUGCUAUACUAGUGGGACAACGGGUCGAGCCAAAGGUGUGAUGGUAACUCACCGCAUGGUUGUUUCGGUCAUCGCUGGUUUUGAUAUGGACUUGCAGGAAGUUGACAUCAAACCUGGCGACUAUUACCUCUCAUUUCUUCCUCUUGCCCACGUCUUCGAACAAAUUGUAAUGGUAAGCUUGCAGUAG